GGAAAUCAGUGAGAAAUGGCGACGCUGCUACAGCCGGAGAAAGUGCUUUAUCUCGUCCGAGGCGAGAAAAGGAUUCGAGUUCCACUCUCUCAGCUGUAUUUUUGCAGAUAUUGCAGUGAACUGCGAUCAUUGGAGUGCGUGUCACAUGAAGUCGAUUCACAUUUUUGCCCCAGUUGUCUGGAGAAUAUGCCAUCAGCUGAGGCCAAGCUCAAGAAGAACAGGUGUGCCAACUGUUUUGACUGCCCAUGCUGUAUGCACACCCUCUCCACACGAGCCACCAACAUCCCAGCACCAAUGCCUGAUGACCCAACCAAGACAACAAUGAAGAAGGCCUAUUACUUGGCCUGUGGAUUUUGUCGCUGGACUUCAAGAGAUGUAGGCAUGGCUGACAAAUCUGUGGCCAGUGGAGGAUGGCAGGAACCGGAAAAUCCUCAUACUCAAAGGAUCAACAAGUUGAUUGAGUAUUAUCAGCAGCUGGCCCAAAGAGAGAAGCUGGAGAGAGACAGGAAGAAGCUUGCUAGAAGACGUCCGUUCAUGCCUCAGGCAUUCUCGCAACACACUAUUCACGUGGUGGAGAAGUAUGGCCUUGGAACCAGGUUACAGAGGCAGAGAUCUGGAGCCCCAAUCAGUGCCCUAUAUGGCCUUUCACUGAAAGAGGGAGAGGACCAGAAGGAGAUCACUAUAGAGCCAGCACAGGCUCUGGAUGAGGUAGAGCCCCUGCCUGAGGACUAUUACACUCAUCCUGUCAACCUGCCUGAAGUGACAACUCUUCGCCAGAGACUGCUACAGCCAGAUUUUCAGCCUGCAGGAGAAUCUCAGUUGCACCCCAGACACAAGCACCUGCUGAUGAAACGCUCUCUGCGCUGUAGGAAAUGUGAGCACAAUCUGAGUAAACCAGAAUUUAAUCCAACCUCCAUUAAGUUCAAAAUCCAGCUUGUGGCAGUGAGCUACAUUCCUGAAGUGAGAAUUAUGUCCAUUCCAAACCUGCGGCACAUGAAGGAGAGUCAGGUUUUGCUGACUCUAACCAACCCUGUGGAGAACAUCACCCAUGUGUCUCUGUACACCUGUGAGGAGGAAGAUCCAGAUGACAUUAACAGCACUGCCAAGGUGCUGGUGCCCUCAAAGGAGCUGGUCCUGGCAGGGAAAGAUGCCGCCGCUGAGUAUGAUGAGCUGGCAGAACCUCAAGACUUUCAAGAUGACCCUGAUGUGGUGGCCUUUAGGAAGUCCAACAAGAUCGGCUUCUUCAUCAAAGUGAUUCCGCAGAAGGAAGAGGGCGACGUCACAGUGGCCUUCAAACUUCGCCAUGAUUUCCGGAACCUCACUGCUCCGAUCAGACCCACCGAGGAGGGGGAAGCCACCAGCGAGGCCAUCUGGCUCACACACCAUGUGGAGCUUAGCUUAGGCCCCCUGGCAACUUGAGAAAAUACAUAAAUGAGUGUGCACACAUACUCAAACCCACACAAACAUAAACAUGCACUCAGGCUCAUAUACAGACUAAAUUAAUACAACAUGUGGCACUAAACCCAGUCACUCACUCUCUCUCUUUAUUUUACUUUUGAAUAUGGUUACCAUCCUUGUGAAGUAAGUGUAGAUAUCAGGCACACACAUAUCUCUCACAGUUACUCACCAGUUUACACACUACGCAUAGACUUGUGCCAGAUGCUUCCAGCAGUACUAUCUGUCUCUAUUAAGCGCCGUUGUUGAAGUAUUUAAGUGCAUGCGGUCACAAGUGAUAUCACGUACUGUUGCAUCUUACAGUCCCAACUACAUUUUACUCUUAACAGAACUGGAAGUCUUUUCAGUGUUAAUAAAGACCUUUAGAUUCAUGCUUCAACUAGAUAUUGUGCUAAUUUAAUAUUUAAUAUUUGCUGUAAAAACAAGCAAAAUGUUGUGAGUGAGACACAGUCAUUGAUUGUAAAAGACACUAAUUCUGUGUAAAAUUAGAUGGUGGAGAUUUAAUCAUCUGUCUCUUGCUAAUAGCUGGAAGUCCUGAUCUAAAAUAUGUCCACCUAAAAAUGUGGUUGACUAUUUCUGGCUAAUAAAAUAUGAGAAAAGUGA